AUGAAGGCAUACUGGUACGAUAACAAGCCGGGUGACCAGCGCGAGCCCCACGAUUCCGGCCGUGCUGUCUCUGAGGAUAUCCUUGCCAAACUGGGAGUCAUUUACAGACACUGCCCCACGAUUGAGCACGUUGAUGCCAUUGCGGCCGAUCGUGGCUACAAGAACCGUGACCAGAUUUGCGUCUCGCCGCAGACUAUGGGCGAUGUUUACGAGGAGAAGGUCAAGUCUUUCUUCUCGGAGCAUCUGCACGAGGAUGAAGAGAUUCGCUACAUUCUUGACGGCGAGGGAUACUUUGAUGUCCGCGGUCAGGAAGAUGAGUGGAUCCGGAUCGACUUGGUCAAGGACGAUAUGAUUAUUCUACCUGCUGGUAUCUAUCAUCGUUUCACGACCAACGAACAGAACUAUGUCAAGGCUAUGCGUCUGUUCCAGGAAGAACCUAAAUGGACACCGCUUAACCGUGGCGCUGAGGUUGAUGUGAACCCUUACCGCAAGACAUACACAGGCACUUUCCUGCAGCCGACUGCCGCCGCAAACUAA